GAAGCUAAAUCAUGGAAAUCACUUGUUGUUAUCGAGCAGAAAGUAGCUCGUCUACUUGCUAGCUGUAUAUCAUAAUGAUWUUGUCAAGGCGGUUGUUUGUAUUCCAUUCAUUUGAUAAUCUUCUCUUAAAAAUCUAUAUUUUGGAACUGUAACUCAUUGCUUUGAUUUAGUUGUCUGACGUUCUGUCAAGUUCGUCUUGCUAGCUAACGCCGCUAGCUAACGUUAGUUAGCUAACUUUAGUUCCGAAUGACAGGGACAGCCAUAUUUUCCAGGCUGUAUGAAGGCGUUUGAAAAAACGUUAGAACAAAAUGGAUUGCACGGCACUGGAGCACGAUGGAGUUAAAUUUGCUAAAACUGCUGUCAUCUGCGACCAGAAUGGAAAAUACAACGAGGCUGUCUUCUAUUAUAAGGAGGCGGCACAAGCCCUGAUCUACGCCGGCAUGGCAGGGUCUAAACUGGAGGGCAUCCAGGAUAAAGUCAAUGAGUACCUGGACCGGGUUCAGGCCCURCACAAUGCUGUUCAAGCUCAAAGUAGCGAUCCUCUGAAGAGCAAGCAGCAGGUGGAUCUGGAGCGGGCCCACUUCCUGGUCACCCAGGCCUUUGAGGAGGAUGAGAAGGGCAAUGGGGACGAGGCCAUCGAGCUCUACACACAGGCCGUGGAACUCUGCAUCCAGACGUCUCAUGAUACGACAGACCAGGGGCUGCAGGGCAAACUGAAGCAGCUGGCUCGUCAGGCCCUCGAUAGCCCCAGCCAGUCAGGCCGGUCCAGUCCAGCGAGCCUCAGGGUCAGCGCUACACCUCAGAAGAGAUCGAGGUGCUCAGGAGCACGUCCAAGAUCAACAGCAUACCCUUCGUCCCCUUCAUGAGCGUGGACCUGAAGGAGAGAUUUGCCUUUCCUGUUCCRUUCUCGGACAAACUAGGCAAGCUGGCCCUGUCUCCCAAGCAGAGAACCAUCUUCUCCCGCUGGGUUCGCCCUGACGAGAUCUGCAAUAACCCCACCAUGAUCUUAUCUGUAUCCAGCUUCAGCAUCAAACAGACGGUGGUGUCUGACUGCUCGUUCGUGGCGUCGUUAGCCAUCAGCGCUGCCUAUGAGCGACGCUACAACAAGAAGCUCAUCACCAGCAUCAUCUACCCCCAGAACCGGCGCGGGGAGCCAGAGUAUAACCCCUGUGGGAAGUACAUGGUGAAGCUUCACAUCAACGGUGUGCCCAGAAAGGUCAUUAUAGACGACUUCCUGCCAUGUGGUCAGAAUGGAGAGCUGCUGUGUUCSUACUCCAGCAACAGGAACGAGCUGUGGGUCUCCCUCAUAGAGAAGGCCUACAUGAAGGUSAUGGGAGGCUACGACUUCCCCGGCUCCAACUCGAACAUCGAUCUGCACGCACUCACUGGCUGGAUCCCAGAGCGUAUCGCCAUGCAUUCAGACAAUCAGUCAUUCAUCAAGGACGACACCUUCCGCAUGCUCUACCAGAGGUUUCACCGGGGCGAUGUCCUAAUCACCACGGCAACRGGGGUGAUGACAGAGGAGGAGGGCGAGAGGUGGGGCCUUGUGCCAACGCAUGCCUACGCUGUCCUGGAUAUCCGGGAGCACAAAGGGAAGCGAUUCCUGCAGCUGAAGAACCCGUGGAGCCACCUGAGGUGGAAAGGCCGCUUCAGUGAACGGGAYGAGAAAAACUGGACCCCAGAACUUCUCAAAUACCUCAACUUUGACCCCAAGACCGCACAGAAGUUUGAUAACGGCGUGUUCUGGAUCACGUUUGAGGACCUGUGCCAGUACUAUGAUGUCAUCUACCUGAGCUGGAGCCCCGCCCUGUUCAGAGAGUCUUCCUGUAUCCACAGUACCUGGGAUGGGAAGCAGGGCCCGGUGAAGGAUGCCUACAGCCUGGCCAACAACCCUCAGUACCGGCUGGAGGUGACCUGUCCUGCAGGGGGCACYGCUGUCUGGGUGCUGCUGACCAGACACAUCACUGACAAGGAUGACUUUGCACAAAACAGGGAGUUCAUCACCUUGGUGGUUUACAAGACAGAGGGAAAGAAAGUUUACUACCCUGCGGACCCUCCCCCCUACAUAGAUGGGAUCAGGAUCAACAGCCCCCACUACCUGACCAAGAUGAGACUAACCAGCGCUGGAACACACACCUUCACACUGGUGGUGUCACAGUACGAGAAGCAGAACACCAUCAACUACACCCUGAGGGUGUACUCUGGAUGCAAGUUCUCCUUCUCCAAGAUCCCAACGCCCUUCACUCAUACCAAACGGAUCAAUGGCCAGUGGAAGGGGCCGAGUGCGGGGGGCUGUGGGAACUACAAGGACUCGUACAAGCACAACCCAAUCUACCAGUUUAACCUGGAGCGCCCAGGGCCCAUGCUCAUAGAGCUACGAGGCUCCAGGCAGUACAGUGUGGGCUUUGAGAUGGUGACUGUGUCCACUGUAGUAGAGCCAGGACCUGCAGGCCACCCGAAGAAGAACAGUGGAGACUACAGGUGUGGUUUCUGCUACAUGGAGGCGGACCAUGUCCCUGCUGGUAUCUACAACGUCAUCCCCACCACCUUCCUGCCCAAACAGGAAGGACCCUUCUUCCUGGACUUCAGCAGCGCCACGUCCCUAAAGGUCUCCCAGCUCCAGUAAGGAGAGGGGGGGAAGGAUUCAGGUGUGACACCAGGAAUAACUUGCACACAGCAUGGACACUCACUGUUCCCUAAACUCUAGGUGGAACUUGUUAUGACUGCAGGAGGACCCAAAAGAGACUGAUUUAUUUUAUUAWUAUCAAGGGUAUUUGGAAAGGGACAAGUUUUUGGUAUGGAACCUAGCCCUCUAUGUGCUGAGGGGUGUGCAAGAACAUGUACCAAAAAAUGUAAACUGACUGAGUAAUAACUAUCAGAGCUAAUGUUGGAGGUGCUUUCUUCCUCCUUUGCCAUAAUGACAGAUACAGUAAAUGAUGUCACAACAACUAUGGCCCUUCUGAUUUUCAAUGUUCAAUUACUUGGCGCUUGUUGACCACCAGUCUAGCUACUCAAGAGGCAGUGCUGGUAUUUACCAAGAACGAAGGGUGAUGUUCUCAACUGCAACCGCUACUGUCUUUUUCUCAGGAGACYGCACCACGACAGGGAUUUCUCUGUUGYACAGGACUAAUCUCUGGCAUCUAUAAGGAUGCGUGACACAGGCAUGCAGGACGUGUGUGUGGUUGCAAAAUUCUAGGAACUUUCAAUACAUUCCCUGGUUUUCCAGAUUCCUUGAAUCUUCCAACUGGGAUUUAGGGAAGACCAAGGAAUUKAUAAGUUCCUGGAAUUUUGCGUGUGUGUACUCACAUGGAAUACGACAUUUGAAACGUAUYGCCAAUCUUCAGUCUCUUGUUUACGCUUCAGCAAGGACUUGAACACUUCACAGCGGUUUCUUCUUCUCUGUUAACAUUUUGUCAUACGGGCAAGACUGCUAGUGGCUUUGUCCUUUUCUGGACAAUUACUGUAAAGUGUCAAUGCUAUCCAGUCUCGUGGACAAGACCCACUCCUCAAACAUACUUUAUUUUUUAUAAAGGAAAGCAUGGACUUACUAGAAGAGUCACCUGUACCAUGUAGACUUAUUUUGCAUUAGCAAAAUGGCUGCUCUUUGUCGUUUCAUUCUUCUUUACAUAGAAUUACAUUUCUGUUUUCUUCCCCCUCCAGUGACUGUUAAAAAACGGCAACUAUUGCUGCUGUUGCCACUUAUGUCAAAUGCAAAAGUCUUGUAUGAUUUUGCUUAACUUGCACUAAAUGUGGAAUGAUGUAUUCAAACAUGGCAUUGAAGGAAAUCAGAAAA